AUGAACAAAAUUAAGUUUUAAAUGAAAAGUUAUUAUGUUCAGGAGUUUCUGAAUGUGAAAGAAUCAUGGAAAAAAUCAUUUAAAAUUGCUGUAGUGAUAAUAGUGAUUGAGAAUAUCUAAAUGUUAUCCAUUUAUACUUAGAGAUUGUAUGACUUUGAAUACGAUUAAUUUUAAAAUCAUAUAUAGAAUGUAUUAGAUUAUUUUAGGUCAAGUUAUUUUAUAAUAUAUUAGAUUUUAUACAAUAAUUGGAAAUUCAAUUACCAUAAGAAUAAUUUUUAUUAUGGGAGGAUUUGUAUUUUAAACCUUAAUUAUUUUAUUACUGCUAUGGUAGAUAUUUAAAAAUAAAGUAUUUUUGGUGAAAAACACAGAUCUUCAAAAUUUAGCUAUUGAAAAGGUAAAUUAAAGAAUUAAAUUAGAAUCUUGAAACAAAGGUUUAAUAAAAUUAUCUAAUAAAUUAAAUUUUCUCAUUUUUUUUUUAGAUUCAUCAUGGAAUUUUAUAAAUCCCAUUAUUAUUUUGUGGUAUAAGUUUAAUAUCUGAUCUAUUUAAACAGUUUAUUUUUUAACAAGAGACACAAAAUAAAGGAUAUUUUGAAAUGUUUGGUAUUGUUUGUGGAUUUAUAUUAAUUGGUUUAUAGAUAUUAAUUGGAUCAUUAAUAAAUUUACAUUAAUUUGAUCAUAGAAUGAAGAAUUUUGAUUUUUUAGGAAGAUUUUAAUCAUAAAGACUCCAUCUUCUAUAUGGAUUUUAAUUAUUGUAAUAAUUUAUUUUAAAUAAACAAUUAGAAUUAUAUUUUUGUCUGGUAUUUAAGCUCCAGCUUUAUUUGUAUAAAUUUUAGGAAUAAUUAAAUCAUUAAUAUAAAUAAUUUGCGAUUAUAAUUAAUAAAUAUAUAUAGAUUAUAGAAUAUCAAGAUAUAAUCUUAGAAUUGUAAUAUUAUUGCUUAUGUAUCAAAUUUAAUUGAUUAUAUGUCAAUUUGGCUAACCAACAUUAAAUAUUAGCAUUUUAUUAUUAAUUUUAUUAUUUUAUCCUCUUUUGAUUUUACUAACAAAUGAAAUUUUGAUCAGAUAAGAUAUAAAAUAUAUUUAAUUUUAGAACGGAGAUUUGGAGAAAUACCUAAGAAGAUUAUACAUUAUAUUUGAAUAAUAAAUGUAUUUGAAAAAAUAAAAAGGAUACUUAGAUCCUAAAUCAUCAUUAGAAAUUUAUACAUUUAUCUCAAGUCAUAUAAAAGAAUGCAAAAUAUAAAGAGAAAAGAAUAUGCAAAUAAAUAAAAAAUUAAAAUACAAGUGUUUUUGUUAAGACUAUUAUUCUAAAAUGGAUUCUUUUUAAAAUUUUGAGUCAAUAAAAUCAUUUACUAAAGGAUUGAUUGGAUAAAAAUUUGAAAAUGAAAUUAAUGAAAAAACAAAUAAUAAACUUAUUUUAACAUACAUAUACUUUUUAGUUCAAAUAAAAAAAGUGCCGACUUAAGCAAUUUAUGAAGUUAUUCGAUUCUCUAUUAUAUAAAAAGUAUUACUAUUAUUAAUAUUAAUAAGGAAUAAUCAAUUAAAUAAAAUGCUAUAAUUUAAAAAUUAAAAUAAGAUGCUUUAUAAAAAUUUAGUGAAUUAGUAAAAAAGAAUGAUUUAGUUAAUUAAAAGUUUGUUUUUAAAAAAGUUUAUUAAUAUGAAGAAUCGCUAUUAUCAGUUAAACAUAAUUUAUGCGUUGUGAUAAAAUAAGAAAAGGUAUAUAUAAAUAAAAUAAAAAAAGGAUUUUUAUGGAUGUAUUCUUUAAUCGAUUAUUAAUAUUGAUAAGCUUUUAGAUAUAGGCCUUAGAUUAAUAGAAAAUAUAAAAACUCUUGAAUAUUAAUUCUAACUUUUAUUUAGCUAAAAUCCAUUAAAUAAUGAAUGCGAUACAAUUUUUAAUAUAUUUCAUAAAUAUGUGAAUUAUAAUUAGUCUAGACCAAAAUUGUAUAAAAGAGAAGGUUAAAUAAUGAUGCAAUUUUUAUAAUCAGAAGAAAAGUUAAUUUAUGACCCUGGUAGUUGUGUAAUAUAAAUAACAUUAAUGUAACCUAGAGGAAAUGUAAUAAGAUAUACUAGAUCAUUCUCAAAUGCUAUAGGAUAUAAAGAUGAAGAGAUAUAAGAUUAAAAUAUAAAUAAAUUUAUGCCUUCUAUAAUAGCAAAUGAUCAUGAUUUAUAUUUAGAUAAUUUUGUUGAAAGAGGUAGAAUAAAUGUCGUUAAAAAUGCUCUAAGGGUAAUUUUAGGAAAAAAUAAAUCAUAAUUUGUAGUUCCUAUUAAUACUAGAUUAAGAAUAGAAGCAAGUUCAACUGAAUUUGGAGCUACUGCGUUAAUUACACCAGUAAAUCUAACAUAUGGAUAUAUGAUGUUAAAUGAAUAAGGAUAAAUUGAAGAAUUAACAUAAAAUUUAUUUGAAGAUGUUUUUGAGAAACAUUUAGGAUAUGAAAUUGAUUAAAUUAAAGGAAUAGAUUGUUUAAUUUUUAUUCCUGAAUUAUCUAAGAUUUGGAAUACUUUAUUUGAUGAUCAAUUCGAAAAAUUAGAUAAAAGACUUGAAUGUUAAUUAAUUUUACCAUUAUUAUCUAAAUAAAUUCUUAGAAGUAGUACACGUUCUAAAUCUAAUAUAUUUUCAAAAUAAAAUAUUCAAUAAAGAAUUGCUAGAUAAUUUGAAAAUCUACCUCAUAAUAAUGUUGUUUAUUAGAUUUCAGUACAUUUAAUGAGUUUAACAACUAUAAAUCUGAAGUAAAUUUAAUAUUUAUGAUUAGAUUAGUAAUUAUUGAAAUUCCUGAAUAUAAAUAAUUAAUUAAUUAAAAAAUAAGUAGUAGAUAAUUAAUUUAAUUAAGAACUAGAUCAUCAUUAUUAAUUAACAUUAAACCAUAAAGGGAAAUUUAGACCUAAAGAACAGAUUUUAAUCUAUCAACUAUGAAUUCUGCUCAUAGAGAUAACAUUCUAAAUGAAUGUAAUUUAGAAUCUGACAAUUUAAUUGAAGAUAUUAAAAUGAUUGAAGAAUUUAAAAAUUAAUUAGCAUCUAUUAAUAUUAAUAGAACUGCUCAAAAUAAAUUAAAUGAUUUAUUUUUAUUAUAAAAUAGUGAAAGAAGAAUAAAUGAAUUUUAAAAUGAUCCUUCAGAUAAAAGUAAUGAUUUUAGUGAAAUUGAUUCAGAUAUUAAAAAAAAUGCAUAAGAUUAAAAUAUUAAAUAUAAUUGUGGAUCAAUAGGUAGUAGUUAAUAAUCUUAAAAUAACACUAUUGCUCUUAAAAGAUAAAUAAAAGAUUGUUUAAUUGAUUCAAAAGGUAUCAAUAUUAAAACAAAACUGUUUCUUCUAUUAAUAUUUGUUUUAAUAAUAUUAGGAUUUCUUAUUAAUUACUUGAUAUUGUAUUUUAAUUUCGAGAAAAUUCAUGAAAAUUAAAACUAUGAAAAUUUACCAUUCCAGUUUUCCUAUUACUAUAAUGAAUUCAUCAUUGACUAAUCUUUCUUAGCUAAUGAUUAUUUUAAUUUUACAAAAUUAAGUGAAAUUGCUUUUUAAUAUUUCCUUAUAAAUAUUAAAAAUAUUGAUAACACUAUUGUUUUAUUACCUCAUAUUAAUAUUAUCAAUAAUUUAACUAUGGAAAGUAGAGUAUUGAAUAUUAUAUCCUAAUUAACUAAAGUAUUAAAUAUGAAUUAUUCAAUCAACUAAAUUGAAUUCUAUAAUAAUACUGAUGCAUUUAAUAUUUAAAUUAAUGAAAUUGAAAAAACAGAUUCGACAUAAAAUUUACGUAGUUUAUCAAUUUUGUAAUUAUAUUGUUUUUUUUAUUUUAGCGUAAUUAUUGAAGAAACAAUAUUAUUACUUUUACUUGCACAAUAUCUUUAUUUUUUUGCUCAAAUAAUAAGAAUGAAAUAGAAAAUUUAUAAAUUGUUUUGUACUUUUACUAAAGAAUUAAUUUAAGAACAAUUUGUUUAAUUCACUUCACUUUAUACUUAAAUAAACAACACUAGAUUUAAAAAUUAUGAAACUAAUGAAGAAUAAUUUGAAACUACAAUGAUGCGUUAAUAUUAAAGAACAGUUACAUCCAAUAUGUUAGAAAAACAUAAAAAAGUUGGAAAGGAAAUUUCAUUGAAAUGUAGAUUAUUUUAAUAAUUAUUUAGAAAUUAACCCAGCAUAAAUCUUAUUCCUUAUAUUUGUGUUCAUGUAUGCAUUUUUUUGUUCUUCUUAUUUUAUUGGAAGUUUAAUUUUAUAAUAAGUUUCCUAAUAAAGUGUAUCAGCAAGAUAUCAAGAAAAAACAUCAUUUUCAUUAACAUUAAAUUCUUUAGCAUCCACUUUUGCUUAAUAAACAAUUCUCUUAAAUCAUACAAUAACAUCUGAAAUGAUAGAUACAUAUAAAUUAGCUGUACAAUAAUUAGGCACUUUGAGUACCAGUCUUUCUUUAUAUCAAGAAGAUCAAAACUCUUAAGUUUAUGAAAUCUUAAUCGAUGAUUUAUGUAAUUUGUUUUAGAGUUAAUAGUAAAUAAUAAUUUUAAAAAUAGGUCUUUUAAUUAUGAAGAUUAUUAGAAUAUUUUCAAUCUUGAGUAAUGUUAAUAAAUAUUUAAUAAUGAUUAGGGUUUAAGUACUGUUGUUUAAGGUUUAUAUUAGAAUUAAUUUGAUUUUUUAUAAACAAUUUCUACAAAAAGUCUAAAUAUUUCUUUAAAAUACACUUAUUUUAAUCCAUUAAUUCAAAUUUAAAGAAUAUAUGCUUAAUAUGGAUUUUAAAUAAUAAUUGAAAUACUAACAAAAUAAAUCAAGUCUUUGAUAAACUCAACUUUUAUAAUUAACACAGCCAUCUUUAUUUUAGCUUGUAUAAUUAUGAGCAUUUCAUUGAUUACCACUAAAAUUAUGAUUGAGAAAGUUAAAUAUCAAUAUUAAGAUAGUAAAAAACUUUUAACAUUGUUUCCAUUUGAAAAAUUAAUGGGAAAUGCUUAUGUAAUAGGUUUUAUUACACAUGAUUUGAGUUUUAAAGUUUGA